AUGAUUCCAAUCCCACAGAUCCCAAAGCCUGCCCAUACUCUUGUCGAUUCCAUGCUGUCUAGGCAUUUCGGUAGAGAAACCGUGAAUUACUUCUCAAGCUCUCCAAUCAACCGCCUGUCAUUCCUGCGCACUGAUCACCCAUUCCUGUCUACAGCCCUAAAGCACCCCUCCGCGCGAUUUGUGCUGUUGAACAACCUUGCACCGUUGACCACAGCAUCGACACAACUUCACCUAGCCAAGUAUGAAGAUGUUCAGCCUCUUGUUCCCCGGGAUACCUAUGACGCAUCCGAAGAGGAUGUGCUCAAGAAUUUCGACUCGCGCAAGACGCAAGCAACCCUGAUAUUCUUGGGACUGGACGAGGGUCGCAAGGAAGGAGGAUUGUCAUUCAAAGUUUACCAGGGAACGCCUUACUUUGCAGUUGAUGUGACCCCAAGGGGCUCCGAGCAACAGCAAGCCGCAGCGAAGGAUGUCAUUAGCGCCGUCGAGGCGAAGGGACUGUCGUUCUUCCAAUCGCGAGUUCACAUGACGUUCUCCGCAGACGAAGCGGCAAUCUAUGCGCAAGCUCGCGCGCUCAUGGACUGGAACACUCGAAACACAUUCUGCGGGACCUGCGGGCACCGCACUCUGGCCAUCAAUGCAGGAACCAAGCGAGCAUGCCCACCGACAGACGCCGCCCGAGUUGCCGAAGGCACCACAGUCGAGCGGCCGGAGUGUAACACGCGUACAACACUUUCAAACCUUUCCUUCCCGCGCACUGACCCCACGAUCAUCGUGGCGGUGGUCUCGGCGGACGGAAAGCGUGUGCUGCUCGGACGGAAUAAGCGAUUCCCACCGAAUUUCUACUCGACGCUUGCUGGCUUCAUUGAGCCAGCGGAGUCGGUGGAAGAUGCUGUGCGCAGAGAAGUCUGGGAGGAAUCGGGCGUGACUCUGUCCCGUGUCGUCAUCCACUCAUCUCAGCCAUGGCCUUACCCGGCCAACUUGAUGAUUGGUGCUCUUGCACAGGUCAGUGACCUAGAGCACGAAAAGAUCUCUUUACAACACGAUCCUGAGUUGGAGGAUGCGCGUUGGGUUGAGGUCGAGGAGGUUGAGGAGGCGCUGCGCAUUGGCGCCAGUAACCUGGGCGCUGAUGCGGGUGCAGAGUACAAGGGCGGUUUGCGGUUACCUCCACCUACCGCAAUUGCGAACCAGUUGAUCAGGGCUGCUAUCAGUGCGGAGUAUUUCGGUACUGACAAGCAGUCGAAGAUGUAA